CAGAUGCUGAGCCUGGUCUCAUGUAUCGGCAAAGUGGCGGUCCUCUCGGCGGCCAUCUUGGUGACAACAUCCAUCACCAUGUCCGGAGAAUGGGGAGAGGAAGGGGUGACUUACGGCCAGCUGGGAAAAGAUGUGAUCCUGCCGUGUGCUGGAGGGAGCCCAGGGGCUGUGCUGGAAUGGCAGUGGAACGGAGCCCCAGUGUUGCCAGAGGGGUCCACGGUCCAGCAAGGGCAGCUCCUCCUGCCCCGGGCUGAGCGCUCCUCCGAAGGCGUCUACAGCUGCCAUGAUGCCGGUGGACUCCUGCUCAGCUCUGUCACAUUGCGCCUGGGCCGAGUCCCUGGGGUUCCCUCCGUCUCCUGCAGAGCUUCCAACUUUGAGAACUUCUCCUGUUUCUGGACUUCCAGCACGGAAACCUUCCUGCCCACCAGAUACAUCACCACCUACAGGAAAAAACUGCGGCCAGGUGAUGAGAGGGAAAGGUCCAAUUCCAGCGACGUGGGGCUGUGCAUCCAGGGCCCUGCCCACCCCCACUCCUGCACCGUCAACAAGUCCCACUUCUGGAGCUCCUACCGCAUGAACGUGACUGAGGUCAACCCCCUAGGCUCCAACUUCCGCCUGCUGGACUUCACCGUGCAAGCCAUCCUCAAGCCAGAUCCCCCCGAGGGCCUGCGGGUGGAGCCAGUGCCGUCGGCCCCCCGGCGGCUGCGAGUGAGCUGGGAGUACCCCUCCACGUGGCCCAAUGAGCCUUAUUUCCAGCUCAAGUUCCGGCUCCAGUAUCGCCCCGUCAUGCACAGCUCCUGGUCCAUGGUAGAGACAGCCAACGUCUCCGAGCUGAUCACCGAUGCCUUCAUGGGCUUGGAGCACGUGGUCCAGGUGAGCGCAAAGGACUUCCUGGAUGCUGGGAGCUGGAGCGAGUGGAGCGGCGAAGCAUGGGGCAUGCCUGCCCUGGGGCAAACUCUGGCACCCAGCGAAGCAGCCACGGCAGCCAUCGAGCCAGAGAAUCCUGCUGAGGAGCCCUCUCUGGCCCCCAACAAUGAGCCUGUUGCAGGCCGCAGUGACCCCCUGGAGAAGGUGGCCGUCCUGGUGUCGCUUGGAGUCUUCGCCUUCUUUGUCCUGGCUGUGAUUCUCGUCUUCGCCUUCCUGAUGUGGAUCCGGAUGAAGAAGCACAGCAAAGAAGCCACGAAAAACCACGACCUGCUCUCGGCCACCCUCCACAUGAAGGCCUUGCCCAAAGCCCAGAUCUUAUAGCCAGAGUCGGCCCUC